GUUGUAUCUCACGUGUACAGUGCGCACUUGAACUUUGAGGUGCCUGCGACAAAAGACCUGGAGCGGCGUUGUUGUCUCUGGUCAGACUGUUCCUCAACCAUGGUCCCUCGCGCCCCCUACGCCCUGAUCGGCCAUGUUAUCGACCUCCACUGCUCCGCGAAUCCUACCGGCUGGUCCAUCAUCAAGGAGGUAGAGACCCGACGAUUACAAUCCGAGCUGUGGUUCUCUCAAAUGACCGGACCUCAGGCCCAGCGUCUCAUGGCAGCUGCUGGCAGAGGAGGGGCUGGCCCAUUUUUUGGUGCUUCUAGUGGUCCGCCGCCGAGGGAGGGACCGGUGACUAAACACCUCCGCGUAACUGCCGCACUGGUUUUGCGAAACCUGGCCACGUAUGUGCCAGAAGCAAGGAAGUGGUUGGCCUCAGAGACCUCGUUGCUCUGUGAAAUCGCCAUGGGUGCAUGUCCGGGCUCCUCGGGUUUCCGAACCAACGACGCAGGCCGCAUCAUCGCCCAGUGCCUGGCUAUCUGCCAGGAGAAUGCAUCCGACGACUACUACUGGCCCUUCCGAUGUGGCGCGCAUUCAGUCGACUUGGACGCCUGA